AGCAUUAACAUUUGCUUAAGAAAAAAAGAGCGUCGUGCGUGCAACACACACUGCCGAUGAAGAGAACGCUAUAAAUUGAAGUGGAGGUUGGAAAGAAAACUACGAAGAAAAUUUGCAGUUUUUUUCUUGACGGUUGGCGCUUGCGUUUGGGCUCGAGCCUACAGCUGCCUGCCAUCCAACAGCCUGCGGCCGUAGCCAAAAUAUACGCCAUAGAUAUUUUGUCAUCUUUAACGGCAAAUAACUCAAGCGGCUGCUGCAACCAAUAUUUAGCGCAACGCAAUCGAAAUCGAAAUCGAGUGUCAACACGAUAACACAGAAGACAAACAAACUAUAAGUGCCGGAAGAAUUCAUUGAAAAUAACACAAAGCUAUCGAAGAGAAAAGAGCAAAGAGAGCAUUCGGCUAACAAUAAUAAUUAAUAAUUUGUAGCAGAACAAAUCAGCGAGAACGGCGGCAACAGCAGCAGCAGCAACAGCAGCGGCGGCGUUUGCAGUAGCCGACGGACAGCAAAAUUCAAGUGCCGAAUAAGAUGGACAUUGAAACAGAUCAGUCUAUCGAAGCAAUGGAUACCCAGGAUACCCAAGAGGUCGAGAUAAUCACAAGCGACCUACAGCAGCAGCAGCAACAACAACAACAGCAGCAGCAGCAACAACAGCAAACAAACUCGCCGCCACAAUUGCCAAAGUUUAAAAAUCUAAUUCAUCCGCAGCAGCAGCAGCAACAGCAGCAGCAGCAGCAACAACAGCAACAACAACAGCAGCAGCAGCAGCCGCAGCUACCCAGUGAGAACGGCAACGUGCCGCCACAGCAAUUGCUAGCUGAGAGCAGCUCCACAUCAUUUGGCAACGAACAAGAGAUGCCAAUGGACGACGAAACCAAGGAGGAUCAAUUCCGAUCGGAGACAACGUUUUCCUAUACCGUGGAGAAUGUGGCGCAGCUUAAGCAGCAGCAUCUAUCGCCGCCCGUCUAUGUGCGCAUGCUGCCAUGGAAGAUCAUGGUCAUACCGAAUGAGCGUGCGCUCGGCUUCUUUUUGCAGUGUAACGGGGAGAACGAUUCGCCGACCUGGUCGUGCAAUGCGAUUGCCGAGCUGCGUCUGAAGUGCCACAAGCCGGAUGCGCCGCCAUUUACGCGCGCUCGCAUCAAGCAUUUGUUCUACUCGAAGGAGAAUGACUAUGGCUAUUCGAAUUUCAUCACCUGGCAGGAGUUGCAGGAUCCAGAUAAAUACUAUGUCCACAAUGGCAGCAUCACGCUCGAGGUGCACGUCAUUGCCGAUGCACCGCACGGUGUCCUCUGGGACUCGAAGAAGCACACCGGCUAUGUGGGCCUGAAGAAUCAGGGCGCCACUUGCUAUAUGAACUCGUUGCUCCAGACGCUAUAUUUCACAAAUUCACUACGCUUGGCCGUCUAUCGCAUCCCGACCGAGGCCGAUGAUAGCACCAAGUCGGUAGGCUUGUCGCUGCAGCGCGUCUUCCACGAGUUGCAGUUCGGCGAUCGUCCGGUCGGCACCAAGAAGCUAACCAAAUCCUUUGGCUGGGAAACUCUCGACUCGUUCAUGCAGCACGAUGUCCAGGAGUUUCUGCGCGUGCUCCUCGACAAGCUCGAGUCGAAGAUGAAGGGCACCUGCCUGGAGGGCACCAUUCCCGGCCUCUUCGAGGGCAAAAUGUCAUCGUACAUCAAAUGCACAAAUGUCGAUUACAACAGCACACGCUACGAGACCUUCUACGAUAUUCAGCUAAAUAUCAAAGACAAGAAGAACAUCUUCGAAUCAUUUCAGGACUAUGUCGCCUCCGAGACACUUGAGGGCGAUAACAAAUACGAUGCCGGUGUCCAUGGUCUCCAGGAGGCGAGCAAGGGCGUCAUAUUCACAUCAUUCCCGCCUGUGCUGCAUUUGCAUUUGAUGCGUUUCCAAUAUGAUCCAAUUACCGAUAGCUCGAUCAAAUAUAACGAUCGAUUUGAGUUCUAUGAACAGAUCAAUUUGGAUCGGUAUCUGGCCGACCGUGAGAAUACGCCGGCCGAUUAUGUGCUGCACGCUGUCCUCGUCCAUUCCGGCGACAAUCACGGCGGGCAUUAUGUGGUCUUCAUCAAUCCCAAGGCCGACGGACGUUGGUUCAAGUUUGAUGACGAUGUCGUCUCCAGUUGCCGCAAGCAAGAGGCCAUCGAUCAGAACUAUGGCGGCAUGGAUGAUGAGAUCUCGUUUCAUGCCAAGUGCAGUAAUGCAUACAUGCUGGUCUACAUACGUCACUCGGAGCUGGACCGUGUGCUGGGCGAUAUACCCGAGAAUGAGAUCUCUAGCGAUCUGGUGGAGCGACUCGAUUUGGAGAAACGCAUCGAGAUGGCGCGACGCAAGGAGCGCAGCGAGGCCAAUCUCUAUGUGCCCAUUCACGUUAUACUCGAGGAGUACUUUGAGUCUCAGCAGAAGCGCCGACUGUUCGAUCUGGAGAAGACGCACCAGCGUCCCUUCAAGCUAAAGCAAACCCAAACCGUUAACGAGAUGGUCGAGAUGCUGGUGAAGGCAUUCGGUGUGCCGCGCGAUCGCAUGCGCAUGUGGAACAUGUGCACGGCCCAGACACAAAAGUUCCUGUACUUUGAUUUCGAGGCGGAGGCGACACGCACCAUCGAACAGAUACCCACAUCGCAGAAGCCGUGGGUCAUAUUCCUUGAGUUGGCACCGCCCGACAGCAGCGAGCCGCUGCGGCCGUUCAAUCCCAAAACGGAUGUGCUUCUAUUCCUCAAGUAUUACGAUGCGCGGAACAAGCGCCUCAAUUACAUCGGCUGCACUCAGCAGCCGUUAACGCGCCGUCUCAGCGAACUGGUGCCGGAGGUCAAUCGGAAGCUCGGCUUCGAUCUGGACACCGAGCUGACCGUGUUCGAUGAGUAUGCCGAUAAGAAGAUCGCUAACAUAAACGAGCCCAUCGAGAAUGUGCUCUAUAUGCCGCAGGAUCAUCUCCAGGGUCCCAUUUUGAUAUUCGAACGGGAGAAUGUGGAUGUUAAGCUCGAUUUGCCCACCGUUGAGGAUUACUUCUUGGAUCUGGUCUAUCGCAUCGAGAUCAUAUUCAGCGACAAGUGCAACCCCAAUGAGCCGGACUUUACGCUCGAACUGUCGAAUCGCUACAAUUACGAUCAACUGACCAAUGCCGUCGCCGAGCGCCUCAACACCGAUCCCCAGAAGCUGCAGUUCUUCAUGUGCAUCAGCAACUACAAGGAGACCGCCGGCAAUGCGGUGCCCUACACCUACAAGGGUACCAUCAAGGAUCUGCUGUCGUACACGAAGCAGAGCACGCCAAAGCGGAUUUUCUAUCAGAGACUGUCCCUGAGCAUACACGAAUUGGAUAACAAAAAGUUAUUCAAGUGCAUUUGGGUAUCCAAUGACCUGAAAGAGGAGAAGGAGCUGGUGCUGUAUCCGAAUAAGAAUGAUACGGUGAAGGGGCUGCUCGAUGAGGCGGCCAAGACGAUCACGUUCGCCGAGAAUAGCCGCAAGAAGCUGCGCCUGAUGAAGGUCGGCAAUCAUAAGAUUGUGGCCAUCUGCAAGGACGACAUACCGCUGGAGACGCUGAUGAAGACCAAUGAGUCGAUAACCACCACACAGGGCACUCAGAAGGUCUACCGCAUCGAGGAGGUGCCGGCCGAUGAGGCACAGCUGGCCGAGAACGAGCUCCUCGUACCGGUGGCCCAUUUCAGCAAGGAGCUGUACAAUUCAUUUGGUGUGCCGUUCCUAACCAAGGCGCGCCAUGGCGAGCCAUAUGGUGCACUCAAGCAGCGCAUCCAGAAGCGACUCAAUGUACCGGACAAGGAGUGGGAGAACUACAAGUUCGCCGUUAUCACAAUGGGCCAUACCAUCGAUGUGAACGAUAAUACCCCCGUUGAUCUGGAGGUCUAUCGCACCUGGACUGGCGGACAGUUGCCGUUCUUCGGACUGGAUCACAUCAACAAAUCGCGCAAGCGCAGCUCGCUCAAUUUCUCCGAGAAGGCAAUCAAAAUCUACAACUAAAUUAACAAACAGCAACAGCAAAAACAAUAACAAAACAGAGCGAUAUAUGGAAACAAAACAACUACAACAAACAAAAACAAAAAAACAAACCAACAAUAAUAAUAAUAAUAAUUAACUACAACAACAAAAUCAACGUAUGUUCGUGUGCAGUGAGUUUGCGCUCGUGUGUGUGUGUGUGUGUGUGUGUGCGUGUGCCUGAAUAAGUGUCAUAUAUAUCCAAGCCGAGCAAACAAAUAACAUUCUCUUAUGGAUAGAGCAUGCUUCCAUAACAACUAUAGAAACAUCAGCAACAACAACAAUUGCUUCCACAGCUUUAGCCCAAGAAGUCCAUUAUAAUGAUGAUAGAUAUUGAAGCAUAUGGAGUAGGCAGCCGUAUAUAUUUAUAGGCAUCUAUAUGUCUAAGCAGGAGUUACGAUAGUUGUGUUCACAGGAGUUGAUUCCGUUUGCCUCAUACUCAGCAGAUUUGUCAGAUUCCAGGAUCUUAAAUCAGUUAACAUAAUUGGAUUUGUUUCACACUUAGCCUUUGCCUGUUACAUACAUGUGUAUAUUUAUAUAUACAUUCUCUCUCUAUAUAUAUAUGUGUAUAUUGUCCAAAAGAAAAACAUAUAUACUAUAUUUGCAGUCAGUCAGUCUCGACCUAAUCCUCCACCAACUGUCACGAAGCCAGAGUCAAUGGAGUAUUCAUAGUAGAACAUGUUCCAAUGUCAAUGCUCUACACACAUACACACACACACACACACACACACACACAUGACAAACGCACACACAUAUAUACAUUGUAGCUUUUGUUUAUGCAUGAAUCAAAUGGAAUUUCAAUUCAUGUAUAAUCAUUUGGUAUAUAUGCGUGAAUGCUUUAAAAAUAUUUUUUUGUUUUUUUUUUUUUUAUGAAUACUAUUUUUAAAGCUAUUUUAAAUACAUAUAUAUAUAUAUAUAAAGAAAAAUUAGCGCCAAGAUCCUGAACAGAUUUUUGGCAUUACUGUAAAUAAGCGUUGCAGUUAUACCCGAAAGCCGGGAACACACACACACACACACACACACGGACACAGUCACAUAGUAAUACACUCACACACAUGCAAUAUAUGUUUACAUAAAUAUAUAUAUGUGUAUGUAAUUAAUGUCCCUUGCCGACAGUUAAACAGUUAAAGCAGGGACUCUUUGCUGUUUUGACAUCAUGUAGAAAGAGAGAGGAAGAAAGUCAGAGAGAGAGAGAGCGAGAGACAAAGAGAGAGUGUGUUAUUGUGUCGUGAGGAGUUAUGAAAGCUAUAUAUAUAUAUAUUUAGGUAUAUAUAUAUAUACAUAUAUAUAUAUACAUAUAU